AUAGGGCAAGUUAAGUGCUUUACACUGUAAAUACCAGCUUGUUGUAUUUGUAGCUUAUAUAAUUAAACAAAGAAAUGGAAGCUUUACUUUCAAGAUUAACAAAACUUGGAGUUGGAUUGGCUUUGGCCGGUGGCGUGGUUAAUUCAGCAUUGUACAAUGUAGAAGCAGGAUGCAGGGGUGUUAUCUUUGAUCGGCUUUCUGGAGUCCGACAAACAGUAUCUAACGAAGGUACACACUUUCUUAUACCCUUCAUCCAAACACCUAUUAUAUUUGACUGCAAGGCGAGACCGAGAAAUAUUCCUGUCAUAACUGGUUCGAAGGAUCUCCAAAACGUCAACAUCACGCUGCGUAUUCUUUUCCGACCAAAACCCUCGAUGCUCCCGAACAUUUUCUCGACCAUUGGCGAAGAUUACGAUGAGAGGAUUCUUCCUUCGAUCACAAAUGAAGUUUUGAAAGCCGUCGUGGCGAGGUUUGAUGCUAGCGAGCUCAUCACGCAGCGAGAACUCGUUUCUCGGCAAGUCAGUGAGGAUUUAGCGGACAGAGCGGAUUCUUUCGGCAUCAUCUUAGACGAUGUGUCUCUCACUCAUCUUACGUUCGGGCACGAGUUUACGUCUGCUGUAGAGCAGAAGCAAGUGGCCCAACAGGAAGCGGAAAGAGCAAGAUUCGUCGUCGAGAAAGCCGAACAGCAGAAGCUUGCUGCUAUCACUACUGCUGAGGGAGACGCAAAAGCUGCUGAGAUGAUCGCAAAGUCUGUGGAAGAAGCAGGAGAAGGUCUUAUCCAGCUUCGUAAAUUAGAAGCUGCUGAAGAAAUCGCAGGAUUGAUGUCGAAAUCAAGAAACAUCAGCUACCUUCCACCUAACCAGAGCGUUCUCCUUUCUUUAAACCCAAACUAAUUAUGAACUUAAAGGAAAUGCUAUGAAUAAUGGUUGCCAGUUUUGGACAGUUCUGGAUGUGUAAAUUCCGCCAUUUUUUAAAAUUAAUGCAGCACAUAAUUAAUCCUAUUAAUGCACGUUCAUUUAUUUGGAGGUUUUUCUGCAAAUAUUCGUUGUAAUUUCCUGAAUUCAUAUACCUAUAUUAUGUACACACUUUAGCUUAAUUAUUAUACUGGUUAAAAUUGUAAAAUUUUGUGAUCAAAUAUGACAUUGUCUCAAUUCAUGCUGCA